AUGGCGGAAUUGAAAUCUCAAAACGAAGACCACAAGUUCUGGGCAGAUCUCUUAUUGCCCAAAUUUCGAAGAUAUAUCACGGAAAUCGGGGCUUAUACGCCAGAACAGCAAGAUGAACAUGUCAAGUUCUUCGACUCGCUGCUGCCCCAUCUGGGACCCAGACUACCACAUCCGCAUACCAAGGCCGUGUUGACCGUCGCCAACAUGCCGCUGGGCUUCUCAGUCAAUCUGUCAGACGCAAGAAAGCCAAUCGCGAGAAUGGAGAUCGAGCCUUUGGACGCCACCUCCGGAUCUGCAGAGGACCCUUUCGCCGCCAAGUGUAUCCCAGCCUGCUUCACCACCUUGGUCAACGGGAUGACGACUCCAGUCGAUACAAGAUGGGCUCACCAACUGAGAGUGGCUUUCACCCCGACCGCGGAAGAAAGCGCAAUUGCAAAGCCUCGUCUCCGUCCUGGCAUACAGCGAAUUUCCCUGGCCUACUUUGGCAUCACAUUCGAUGGCGACAACCGAGCCAUGAAAUACUGCACUUCCCACUUGCCCAAAUUUUUCGGUACAGUCAGUGCGGAGUCCAACAAUGCCACUAACUCAGACGCAUUCCUCUUCUCCGCCGUCCGUCGACUCGAGCCCGGCGGAGAAGCAUUAUCUCCCAGUCUGGAUGCGAUUCAGCACUACUUCCAGAAUGAGAAACACGCAAAGCUGCCAUCCCCAAUCCUCUUUGCGGGCCUGGAUUGCAUCGACCCCAGUCGUGCUCGUGUCAAGAUGUACGGUCGAACGCACACCACGGCCUUCUCCAAUGUUCGAAACAUCAUGACCCUGGGCGGCCGCGCGGUGACGGAGGAAACGACGGAAUUCCUGGCCCGCCUUCGAUCCAUCUGGCAUCUGCUCCUCAACGAUCCAAAGUUUAAAGAUGAUGAGGACUACGACCGCCCACCCUUGGACCCGAAUACUCAACGGACAGGUCUUCUCGUGUCAUUCGAGGUCAGUGCCUUGGUUCCCACGCCAGACAUCAAGAUCUACGUUCCGUUCUGGCAGUACCACGAGACCGACGUGCAAGCGAUCCACAACCUCGAACAGGUCUUCAGCCUCCUAGGCUGGGACUGGGGCAGCGGCAAGUAUGGUGAUCUACUGAGAAAGACAUUGUAAGCUCAUUCCUGGACCCUCAAACUCUCCGAAAUCUCUCGCGCGAUAGCUGACACCGCCGUAGUGUGGGGACCGAUCUCGCCGCUACGCAGAACCAUGACUAUGUGUCGUUCAACUACUCCAAGAAGCAGGGCUCCUACAUGACCACGUACCAUGUCCCUCCUCCUCCCUCGAGCACAACGGCUUGA